CAAUUAUUGCAUGCAGUGUAUGUCUGCCCCAACAAGGGCGGAUGCCGAUCGGGCGCAUGCAAGAUUCCGCUGGGUCGAUAUCGGAGUACCUAGUGUCAGGAACCUAAGGCAUGUCAGUGGGGGUCGGGCAGUAGUAUGGUUCUUACUUGGUCUCUCUUCACUGCCGUUGCACCUUUUUUACAACUCUACUAUCUUUUCGUCUCUCGGCGCCUUCAAAUACGAUGUAUUCUCCGCCAACGAGGCAUUCGCGGCCGAUCCAACAACAGAUGACCUUCAGAUCAAAGGAUCCUUCAGAUACGAUGUCAACGGCGAUACCAUUGAAGGCAGUACCCUGCUCGAAUCUGUUCACCGGGACAAACUGGAGAAACUAGGUGUCAACGACUGCAUCACCAAAUAUGCACAGAGCUACCAAACGAAUUACGGAAAUCUGUUUCUCGUCGUUUCGAACUCCACAUCUGAUUACGAUACUGCCGAGCCAGUAGUAGGAUUCGAAGCGCGAGACGUGCCUAUCGAUUGGUAUUUCGGCACCAAUGGCGUUCCGUUCGAGUGGAUAUGCCGAGACAGCUCGUGCACUGGUGGAUUUACGCUCGCGAACUGCGAAACUUUCCUGCCUUGCAUUACGUCCAACUUGGCGGACUGGAAGCCGUUUAAGAAGUCAAUCGAGUAUUGUCUGGGCGAAAAGAUCGAAGGGCACUGCCAGCUGGCGUAUAGCAUACAUCUAGCAAUUGUCGUGCUCCUUAUUGGUGCGGGCAAAACUAGCCUUAUGCUGUACAUUGCUUUCCGGUUCAAGGAGAGGCCGCUGCUUACUAUUGGGGACGCUGUGGCCUCCUACUUGCAACGUCCCGACAUGUACACGCAGCGAGCGUGCCUUGUCGGUAGGAAGGAGGUCCAGAAAGAGUUUCAAACGGGGAAUAUCAUGGGUCAGCGGAAGCAGUACGUGCAGAAGCCAGUGCGACGCUAUCGCGCAGCGAGCAUUAUGAGGAUGGGAGUCCUUGUUCUGGCCUUCAUCAUCAUCUUCGCAGCCUCCAUGUUCCUCCUCUGGUACGGAGUCAAUCAGACGACCGGGCUGGAAAGCAGAUCCGCCGUCUGGAAACUUGGCCUGGGCGCUGUAAACUCCAGCACCCUCAUCGCAUGGAACAUCCCGGGCCGAGGCGUCCGCAGCCUCAUCACCAACGUCGUCGUUGCCAACAGUCCGCAGCUCGUCUUCUCCUUCUUAUACCUGACAAUGAACGGACUCGCCACGACCAUGAGCCUCGCCUCGGAAUGGUCGCGCUUCGCCAUCUCCAGAAAGGGCCUCCGCGUCUCUAUAGAUCCAAAGGGCUCACAGCGUAGCUCCUACUUCCUCCAGCUACCUUUCCGCCUCGGACUACCACUGAUGGUCAUGUGCGGCACCAUGCACUGGCUCAUCUCGCAAAGCCUCUUCCUCGUCAGCGUCGACGUGUACGAUCUGCGAGACUCGUCGAAAGGGACGAGUCCCGUCGACGACGAGAGCUAUAUCACGUGCGGAUACUCGCCGGUUGCCAUCCUGGCGACUAUCCUCGUGGGUACGUUCGCGUUCGCUGCUAUCAUUGCGCUGGGGUGGAAGCGGUUGAAGUCGGGGAUGCCGGUCGCCGGGAGCUGUAGUGCUGCUAUUGCGGCAGCGUGCCAGCCUGGGUCGGCGCCGUAUAGGGUCGAGGCUGCGUGGGAGAAGGUGCAGUGGGGUGUUAUGGGGACGAGUUAUGUGGAGCCGGGGCAUUGUGGGUUUUCGAUGGAUCAUGUGGAUUUGCCGGAGGAUGGGAAGUUUUAUGAGUAGAUGAGAGUGUGCAGAAUGCGCAAUGCAGAUAGUAACC